AUGACAAUAUUAAUAUAUAUUUUUAAUAUAAAUCAAAAAAUAUUAGGUGCAAACGAUGAAGAAAAUAAUUUUUUAAAGAAUGAAAUAGAAUAUGUGUUAGUAAAUAAUAUAAAUGAUAUAAAAUUUGAUUUGUCUAAUAAAACAAUACAAAAUUAUGCAGAAGAUUAUGGAAUUAUUACAAAAUAUAAUAGAUGUAGAAUUCAAAAUAUUAAUCAAAAUUUUGAUGAUCAUACUAUACUAGAAAAUGAAUACCUAAUAGGAUUAUUAGAAAAUAUAAAUAUAAGACAUUUAGAUAUUGAUACUAUGAUAGAUGAUCAUAUGCUUGCUAAUAAUCAUGAAAUUUGUGCAAUAUAUUAA